CUAAUGACUGGAUCCUUAGAGAAAGCAACUCUUGCUGUGGAUGCCUUGACAAUUUGCAUGACUAUAAGUGGGUGGGAGCUCAUGAUUCAUUGGGCCUUCUUGGUUGGAACAGGAGUAAGAGUGGCGAAUGAGUUGGGAGCUGGAAACUGGAAGGCAACUAAAUUUGCAGCAAAGGUUUCUAUGGCAGAAUCUGUCUUCAUCGGUUUAUGCGUAUGUGUAAUUACUAUCAUACUCCAUGAAAAGUUUGCAUACAUAUUCACAUCCAGCACUGAUGUCAUCCAAGAAGUUGAUCAGAUGUCGUAUCUCUUGGCAAUGGCAAUUCUACUUAACAGUAUUCAACCCGUCCUGACAGGAUUGCAAGCAUGGGUUGCAUACAUAAAUCUUUUCUGCUACUAUAUUAUUGGGCUCCCACUUGCGUUUGUAAUGGGAUGGAUCCGCCACUUGGGUGUUUUGGGUAUAUGCGGUGGGAUGAUCUUUGGUGGAACUGCUGUGCAAACGGUGAUUUUGGCCAUCGUGCUAAUACGACAUGAUUGGGAAAAGGAGGCUCAGAAAGCUAGCCAGCGUGCAAAGAAGUGGUCAACGCCUAACCCUGACAAUCAAAUACAGGAACAUAAAUAGAACAAAAAUACAUGAGCAUUAAAUCGAAAUAAUUUUUUAUAAUUUUGAUAUAA